AUGGAGGCGAGAUCCUCGUCCUCUGCGGCCGCCGCGCCGCCGCCCCCCUCCAUACCCUCGUCCAGCGACCAGGGCGUCUGGGCUGACGCCUCGCCGCUCCUCGCCGCCGCGUGCCGUGAUCUCCAGGAUGGGGAACUUGUACAUGGAGAAAACUUUAGUCUAUUUGCUGCAAUGUCUGCAUUGGAAAUAAUGGAUCCAAAAAUGGAUUCUGGAAUUGAGAGAAGUCGAUACAACUCCAUUGAAGAGGCCAUAGAAGAUGGUGUUGCGCCAAUCCCACUUAGCUUGGACAGGACACUUGAUGUUCAACGCUCUAUUGAUGUCAUGGAUCAUCUUUUCUCAUGUGAGGCAACAUGGCACAAGGGGCACACUCUAGCUCAGACUGUAUUUACAUGUAUCUACCUUAUGAGAAUGGAGAGAACUUCAUCGCAUGCUGUACUAAAUAGCUUUUGCAGGAUUUUGCGUGCUACUUGUAAUGCUGUCAUUUCUGUUGUUUCUACUGCCCGAACUCAUGAGGAAGAGGAUCUCUUUACUAUGUCUUUUGGGCUGCCUUUGAGAGAUGAAGGUGAUGAAAAGUGCCUGUCAAUUCUAAACUCAGUUGAAGAGACAAUAUCUCGCCAAUUACGUGCAUGUAAAGCCCAGGCAUUGUCCAAGAAAAAAACACUAGAAGGUCUUGAAUCCCUGCAGGAUAAUCCUGAUCUGGAAGAGGAUUAUUGCAGAGCUCUGUUAUGCAGAUUACGUUUUCGUAAGCAUUUCUACCAUGUUGUUAUGUGCAUGAGGAAACCUCAUGGAAGAGGAUUGGAGUUGGCCCGGAAGCAUGUUGCUUCAUGCUUGACAGAGCUUAAUUUGAUGCUUAAGUCUCGGGAGUUUCUCAAGUCCCAGUCCAGCACUACGUUACAGCAAGGUGAUGGAAACUGCACCACUGCAUCUGGUUGUCAACCUGUUGGCUUUGAUGUUACCUUAAACAGCAGACUUUUGAGUCCCACACCACCACGUGCGGCAAUCAGGUACUUUGAGAGGCUUCUGCAUGAUCUUGAUGUCAUCUGCGCUUCGUCGCUCGAUCCUGUGCUUGAGAAUGUGCUUCACUUUAUUGUACAGUUCCAAAAAACAGUGCCAGAUUUGGUUCCUAGAGCAUUUCUUCAGACUUUGUUGGUCCAAGAUGGCAAACUUUAUGGGGAACACUUGUUUUCUGAUGUCAUUUCAAGGGCUUUAUCACUACCGGACAUUAUUGGAGAUAAGGAAUUUCAGAUGAAUGAGUUUGUUGUGCAGCUAGGUCAGUUGGUUGUCAACUUAAUAAAAAUUCUUUGUACAAACACUGCAUGGCAACGGCGCAAGCUUGGGAAGAGUUUACAGGAUUGGAGUACUAUUUCCAUACAGUUGGAGCUUGCACUGAAAAGAGAGUUCGGUGAAACUAGAAAUGUCUUGCAGAAUGAGAAUAUGUGCAUGAGAGUAUCAAAGCAACUUCUUAUUUGGACUCAGGAGCAUGCAUACUGGGUUGCUUUUCGGUUUCUCACAUUGGGUUUCGAACUUGACCUAUAUUCUCCAGGCGAAUAUUGUAUGGUGUACUGGUACAUGUAUGUGGUGCUCACAAAGCUAAUAGAAAAGAUGCAGUUACGAGUUCUUGCUAGUAGCGAAACCUCACGAAGAAAGGGGAAAAAGAAGAAGGAUCAUUCGAAGGAUUCAGCUCGGGAUAUAACAUUUUCAUCCUCUUGUUUAUUGCUUCAAUGCUAUCUCUUGCUAUCAGAGGGACUCUCAAUGAUGCUAGCUGUUCUCAGAAACGAAAGUAGGUCAUUCCAAUUACCAAGUAUCUUUAACACUGAACAAGAGAGAUUCAUGCAGCAUUUUGAUCUUCUUCUGAAAACUCGAGUCCCUGAGCACAUUUCCUUCUACAGUUUUGAGGAAUCAUCUUCCCGGGCAGGCAUAUCGGAUUUGGUGAAAUACAACUUCUUCAAGGAAAUUCAGAAGAUAGUCCCCUCACUAAGGGGCAGUUUUGCAAGUGAACCAGAAAAACUUGCUGAGGUCCGUCGGAUAGAGCAGGUGGCUGAGCACAACAGGAUAGCCCUAAAUAUUAUCAACCAAGUUGGAGCUGGCGAACCAUCUCUAAGGGUCUCGUUUGAGUUUACACACCACCCUCACUUUGCAGUGGCAGUUGUGAAGAGAUCAUGA